AAACCCCUAGAUUCGUGUCCCAAUCAGAAGUCCACCUUUAUUAUUACCUGAGAUUUUAUUAAGCUCAAAUUAAACUGAAAUAGAAAAAUAGUAAGAACCAGCCCUUCCUGUAUUAUUAGGAAACGAUGGGAGGUCAUCAAGAAAGCAACGCGCCAAGCGUGAAACAACAAAACACAGAGGUGGUGGUGGUUACGAACUCCAUCAGUGCUGCUUUAGACAAACCAGAAAUGGAUGGGAAGGGUGUUGUUAGAGUACCGAGAGAAACAUGGGGAAGGAAGGCCCAGUUCGUUCUCUCUUGUGUUGGAUAUGCAGUUGGGCUGGGGAAUGUAUGGCGAUUCCCAUAUCUUUGUUAUAAAAGUGGCGGUGGUGCUUUUCUUAUUCCAUACUUUCUUAUGCUGUUUUUCACCGGAGUGCCACUUCUUCUGUUGGAGCUUGCCGUUGGUCAGUACACCAGGAAUGGACCGGUAAAAGCUAUAAAGAUGUUAGCCCCUAUACUACAAGGAACUGGUUUUGCUACAGUAGCCAUUACAUUCCUCUUAACCACCUAUUACAAUGUUAUCAUGGCAUGGGCCCUGUUCUAUCUAGUAGCAUCCUUUAGUUCAGAGCUUCCAUGGGACUCAUGUGAAAAUGAAUGGAAUACAGAAAAAUGCUUUUCCUUAUCGGAUUAUAAAAUGUUGAACGACACAACUGAAAAGCCUAGUGACACAGUAUCGUCAACUGAGGAGUAUUUUAAUCACCGUGUACUGAAAUUAACUGGAGGGAUUGAAGACUUCGGUGAAGUUCAGUGGGAGGUAUUUGGCUUCCUGGUGUUGGCUUGGAUUAUGGUGUAUUUCUGCCUCUGCAAAGGAUUGAAAACAUCUGGAAAGGUUGUGUAUCUAACUGUCACAUUUCCUUACCUGGUUCUGGCAAUUCUGGUUGGCGUUGGUGCCUCAUUGGAAGGGGCUAGCGAAGGUCUAUAUUUCUUCAUCAAACCAAAGUGGGAACUGUUGAAGAACGCUGAUGUUUGGGUGGCAGCUGCAGCCCAGAACUUCAAUUCUAUUGGCAUCGCUUUUGGCUCGAUGAUUGCAUUCUCGAGUUACAAUGAGUUUCACAGCAGAACUCUUGUUAGGGAUACUCUGGUAAUAUCUGGCGUCAAUGCGUUUACAAGCCUGUUUGCUUCCUGCGCCAUCUUCUCGGUUAUUGGGCAUAUUGCAUUCAUCCAAGGAGAAGAUGUUGAUAAUGUUGUGACUCAGGGGCCUGGUCUUGUGUUUGCUGUGUACCCAGCAGCCUUCUCUGCGAUGCCAGUACCUCAACUGUGGUCUGUUUUGUUUUUCAUCAUGCUGAUCUGUUUAGGUCUGGACAGCCAGUUUGCAAUGGUGGAGGUUGUCAUCACAACUCUUAUGGAUGGCUUUCCAAGACUGAAGCCCUUUUAUUUCAAUCGUAAAGAAGUUCUUGUGUUGUACGUUUGUCUGUUUACCUUUGCUUGUGGUAUACCGUGUACUUUUGAGGGUGGCAUGUACUAUUUCCAAAUAAUUGAUUGGUAUGUUUCUGUGGUGUCAAUCUUCUUCAUUGCGAUUGGUGAAGUUGUCGCUGUUAGUUGGCUAUAUGACUUUGUGUCAUGUUGGUUCAUCAUAUCUCCUCUUCUUAUUUUUGCUAUCUUUGUGUUCAGCUUUAUCCAAUAUGAAGUUGUUACCUACGGUGACUACAAUUAUCCAGGAUGGGCAGAGUUCCUAGGCUGGUUCAUAGCAAUGCUCUCAAUGAUCUGGAUUCCUGUCGGCAUCGUGUAUGCAUUUGCCUCUGCCGAAGGUUCUUUUACAGAGCGUCUUGUCCUCAUCUGCAAGUCGCCAAUAUCUGAGGCAACCUAUGGAUAUCGUUUCCAGGACGACUCCACAACCUACCGUAGAGCUUACUUCGAUAGAGGGAGUCGGGAAGACAUUUUCAUGUCGCACUACAAAAAACAUAACAUUUAAGGAAAAAAUUCAGCCUUAUAUUAGAUGGUUAAUUCUACAGGUUGAAAACAUAGUAACGUUUUGCCUCUUGCAACAACAGGGCUUGAUCACCAACAAAUUAUGAAGUGUAGGUAUUGAUUCAUCAUUGCAUAACUUUUAUGCAUGCGGUCCUAGUCUAGCCCUUUUGAAAGAGAGCAUUGUCUACGGCCAAAAUAGUGAGAGAAUCCAUUUGGAUCAGAAAAGCCAAGAACACCAUAAUCAGAUAAUGACUGAUGUAAGUAACAGACUGAGCAAUGGUGUAUCAACAUGUCCUGCAUGUCCUGUUAGUUAGUGAUCAAGGCUUGCUGAAUUAAUGAACAUAUUGAAAUUAAUGAGGUAAACAAUAAUUAAUACAAGGCUGUUUUCACAUAUUUCAUCUGCAUCUUGGCAGUUUAAAUCCAGAUUUUUGAUUUAGGUCGUGUUACCAGCUCUCUUAAAUAAAUAUGUUAUUGUUUUAUUCAUGAGAAACAUCCUGGUGCUUCAAUUGAAUUGAACCCAAGACCUUGACACUGAAAGGCAAGCACCACAAAAUUAUGGUACCUCUAGAGUGUGUCUUUCUGUGUACUCAGAUUUUGACAUUUGUCAAUAUUUAUACUUGUAACUAACUUAAGCGAAAACUGUAUAGUUUUAACAAUUUAUUUUUAUAACGGAUAAUGUUUGAUUUUUAUAUCAUAGAUAAUGGCCACAUUUGAUUGGUAGAUUUUGUUGAUAAUUUUUUUCACUCAGCUGGUUUUGUUAAAUAGACUUUAUUUAAGGAUUUAAAUUAACAAAAA